AUAUAAAAGAAGAAUAUUGGAAGGUAACUAAGCACCAAACCCAAGUCAAUAUAAACAUAAAAACUUUUUUUGCUAGCUUCAUCUCAGAAGAACAUUAAAGAGAGAAAACAAGAACAAGAGUGAAUCAUCAAUGGAUGGUUUAAUACCAAUGGCCUAUAAGGCUAUGAAGAAGAACCUAACUCGUCGUCGUUACGAACGUCUCUCCUCUUCCGCCACGACUCGUGAGUCUUACGAAUUCGUCUCUGAUAUUGAAAUAAACGUCGACGGUCACCACCGCCGUCGCUGGUCCAUUGGAGAUUUCUCAUCGUUAUCAAGCCGGGAAACAAAAAGAAACGGUGGCGUAGCUCCGGAGAAAGGUUUUUCUCCGCCGCGGGAAGGUCAGCUUGUGAGGUUCAAGAGCCAUAGAUUGUUUUCUUGCAUCUCAGGUCAAUAACUUUAUCAAGUCAAGAAUAUUCCGUAGCAAAAAAAAAAAAAGGAAAUUUGUAUUUUCUUUCGUCUUGUACAUGUUUGAUUUUACAUACAACGAAUCAUGUAGAUAUCGUUAUUUUUGUGGUCUUUUGAUGUAUACGUAAAAGUUUGUAGUUGGGGUUUGUUGUUGAAAUGUAUAUUUGUAAAGUCAUAAACGAGAAAAUGAAAACUUGUAUGGACCAAACUCGAAAUAAAGUUAAUUCCAACU